GCAACACAUGAGUAGCUCACGUGCUACCAACACACUGCGCGUUCCUAGCUGCCGCUUUGCUCGCAACAUGUAGACAGCAUGUCGGAAUGAGUAAAGAAUAAUCAUUUUGUUUUUAUUCCUGGUGGAUACUACUGUAAUAGAAGCUUCCAACAUGGUGAAGGAGCAAUUCAGAGAGACAGAUGUGGCCAAGAAAAUAAGCCACAUCUGCUUCGGCAUGAAAUCUGCUGAGCAGAUGCGACAGCAGGCCCACAUCCAGGUUGUCAGCAAGAAUCUGUACAGCCAAGACCCCAAACGCACUCCCCUGCCUUAUGGAGUGUUGGACCAUCGAAUGGGAACCAGUGAGAAAGACAGACCAUGUUUGACGUGUGGGAAGCAGCUGGCCGAUUGUUUAGGGCAUUAUGGUUAUCUGGAUCUGGAGCUACCAUGCUUUCAUGUUGGCUAUUUCAAAGCCACUAUUGGAAUCCUACAGAUGAUUUGCAAGACAUGUUCAAGCAUAAUGCUGACAAAAGAGGAGAAACUGCAGUUCAUGGAUAUUUUGAAGCGACCAAACCUGGCUUAUCUCCAAAAACGAGGGCUGAAGAAGAAGAUAUCUGAUAAAUGUCGCAAAAGGACAGUCUGCCUGAAGUGUUCAGCUUUUAAUGGACCUGUGAAAAAGUGUGGCUUGCUGAAGAUCAUCCAUGAGAAGUUUAAAACAAACAAGAAAGUGGUGGACCCGUUUGUGUCCGAGUUCCUGCAGUCCUUUGAUAUCGCCAUCGAACACAACAAACUAAUGGAGCCUUUAUUGUCCAGAGCACAGGAAAACUUGAAUCCUGUGGUUGUCCUUAACCUGUUCCGGAGAAUCCCUCAGGAAGAUAUCCCUCUGCUGCUGAUGAACCCAGAGGCUGGGAAGCCCGCUGAUCUCAUCAUCACUCGUCUCCUCGUGCCUCCUCUCUGCAUUCGACCCUCUGUGGUCAGCGACCUGAAGUCUGGCACCAACGAGGAUGACCUCACUAUGAAGCUGACAGAGAUCAUCUUUCUUAAUGAUGUCAUCAAAAAGCAUCGCAUGACGGGGGCAAAAACCCAGAUGAUAAUGGAGGACUGGGAUUUCCUCCAGCUGCAGUGUGCUCUUUACAUCAACAGUGAGCUCUCUGGCAUCCCUCUCAACAUGGCACCCAAAAAGUGGACCAGGGGCUUUGUGCAGAGGCUGAAGGGAAAGCAAGGUCGAUUCAGAGGAAACCUCUCUGGGAAACGAGUGGACUUCUCAGGCAGAACCGUGAUUUCCCCUGAUCCAAACCUGAGGAUAGACGAGGUGGCCGUUCCCGUUCACGUGGCCAAGAUCCUCACGUACCCAGAGAGGGUUAACAAAGCUAAUCUGGAGCUGAUGAGAAAACUGGUCCGUAACGGCCCUGACGUUCAUCCUGGAGCCAACUUCAUCCAGAACCGUCACACGCAGAUGAAAAGGUUUUUGAAAUACGGCAACCGUGAAAAGAUUGCUCAGGAGCUGAGGUUCGGUGAUGUGGUGGAAAGACAUCUGAUAGACGGAGACAUCGUCCUCUUCAAUCGACAACCUUCUCUGCACAAACUCAGCAUCAUGGCCCACAUUGCGAGAGUCAAACCACACAGAACGUUCCGGUUCAACGAGUGUGUGUGCACGCCGUAUAACGCCGACUUUGACGGCGAUGAGAUGAACCUCCAUCUGCCUCAGACUGAAGAAGCCAAAGCCGAAGCCCUGGUCCUGAUGGGGACCAAAGCCAAUCUAGUCACACCGAGAAAUGGCGAGCCGCUGAUUGCUGCUAUUCAGGACUUUCUGACAGGUGCGUACCUGCUGACGCUGAAGGACACCUUCUUUGACAGAUCCAAAGCCUGCCAGAUAGUAGCAUCGAUUCUUGUUGGCAAAGAUGAGAGAAUUAGGAUUUCUCUCCCUCGCCCAGCUAUUGUGAAGCCAGUCACUCUGUGGACGGGUAAACAGAUCUUCAGCUUGAUUCUGAAACCCAGUAAGGACUGUCCCGUUAAUGCAAACCUGCGCACCAAAGGCAAACAGUACUGUGGCAAAGGAGAGGAUCUCUGUCACAACGACUCCUUUGUUGUGAUCCACAACAGCGAGCUGAUGUGUGGCAGCAUGGACAAGGGUACCCUGGGAUCUGGCUCCAAGAACAACAUUUUCUACAUCCUGCUGAGAGACUGGGGACAGCUGGAGGCCGCCAACGCCAUGUCCCGCCUGGCGAGGCUUGCUCCGGUCUUUCUCUCCAACAGAGGGUUUUCUAUUGGAAUCGGUGAUGUGACCCCUGGUCAGGGUUUGCUGAAGGCCAAGCAGGACCUACUGGAUGAUGGCUACAAGAAGUGUGACGAAUACAUCGAAGCUUUGGAGACGGGGAAGUUACAGCAGCAACCCGGCUGCUCAGCGGAGGAGACUCUGGAGGCACUUAUUUUGAGAGAGCUGUCUGUAAUCAGAGACCGAGCUGGCAGCGCCUGUCUCAGGGAGCUCGACAAGAGCAACAGCCCCCUCAUCAUGGCUCUCUGUGGUUCCAAAGGAUCCUUCAUUAAUAUUUCCCAGAUGAUUGCCUGUGUGGGACAGCAGGCCAUAAGUGGCUCUCGAGUCCCUAAUGGGUUUGAGAACCGCUCCCUGCCUCACUUUGAAAAACACUCCAAACUGCCUGCUGCUAAAGGCUUUGUAGCCGACAGCUUCUACUCUGGUCUGACGCCCACGGAGUUCUUCUUUCACACCAUGGCUGGUCGAGAGGGUCUGGUGGAUACCGCUGUGAAAACCGCCGAGACGGGAUACAUGCAGAGGCGUCUGGUGAAAUCCCUGGAAGAUUUGUGCUCUCAGUAUGACCUGACAGUGCGCAGCUCCACUGGUGACAUCAUCCAGUUUAUUUAUGGCGGUGAUGGUCUGGAUCCAGCUGCAAUGGAAGGAAAAGAUGAGCCGCUUGAGUUUAAGAGAGUGCUGGACAACAUCCGGGCGGGCUAUCCGUGCCCAGACCAGCCUGCGCUCAGUCACAACGAGUUGGUCCUCACGUCAGACAACAUCAUGAAGAGAACCGACUUCUUAUGCUGCAGAGACAACUUUUUAGAGGAAUUAACUGAGACUGGCUCAGAGAAGUACCUGGAGGAAAUAAAGAAGUUUGUGAAGAGUGUGUCAGAACGAAUCAAGAAGACCAGAGAAAAGUACGGCAUUAACGACAAGGGCACGAGUGAGCCAAAGGUUCUGUAUCAGCUGGACCGCAUUACUCCAACUCAGCUGGAGAAGUUCCUUGAAACCUGCAGAGAUAAAUACAUGAGAGCCCAGAUGGAGCCGGGCUCAGCAGUAGGUGCUUUGUGUGCUCAGAGCAUCGGAGAGCCUGGCACUCAGAUGACUCUGAAAACUUUUCACUUUGCUGGCGUGGCAUCAAUGAACAUCACGCUAGGAGUGCCUCGCAUCAAGGAGAUCAUUAAUGCCUCCAAGAACAUAAGCACCCCUAUAAUCUCAGCUCAUUUGGACGUCGAAGAUGACGCCGACUUUGCGAGGCUGGUGAAGGGAAGAAUUGAGAAAACUCUUCUUGGAGAGAUUUCAGAGUACAUCGAGGAGGUGUUUCUUCCAGAUGACUGCUACAUCCUUGUAAAACUCUCACUGGAGAGAAUCCGGCUGCUCCGAUUAGAGGUGAACGCAGAAACGGUGCGCUACUCAAUAUGCAUGUCGAAACUGCGAGUGAAGCCCAAAGACAUCGCUGUUCACGGUGAGGCGGUGGUCUGCGUGUCUCCUCGAGAAAACAGCAAGAGCUCCAUGUACUACGUGCUGCAGUCGUUAAAAGAAGAGCUCCCUAAGGUGGUGGUCCAGGGAAUACCUGAGGUCGCGCGGGCCGUCAUUCACAUAGACGAGCAGAGCGGGAAGAACAAGUACAAACUCCUGGUGGAGGGAGACAACCUGAGAGCUGUCAUGGCAACGCACGGGGUCAACGGUAGUAGGACCACUUCCAACAACACAUACGAGGUUGAGAGGACUCUAGGCAUUGAAGCUGCUAGGUCCACCAUCAUUAAUGAGAUCCAGUACACCAUGGUGAACCACGGCAUGAGCAUCGACCGCCGACACGUCAUGCUUCUUGCAGAUCUCAUGUCCUACAAGGGGGAAAUCCUUGGAAUCACCAGGUUUGGUUUAGCCAAAAUGAAGGAGAGUGUCCUCAUGUUGGCCUCGUUUGAGAAAACUGCUGAUCAUCUCUUUGACGCUGCCUACUUCGGACAGAAGGACUCCGUCUGCGGUGUGUCUGAAUGUAUCAUUAUGGGAAUUCCCAUGAAUAUUGGAACAGGACUGUUUAAACUCCUACACAAAGCCAACAAAGAUCCUACUCCCGUUACGAGACCGCUGCUCUUUGACAAUUCAGACUUUCAUAUACCUCUUGUCACAUAGCAUAAAGUAGAGCAUGUUCACUGGCGUUUGUUAGUCAUAGCCGAGUUCUUACAGACGGAAAGAAAAAGUGUUUUUCCUCUGAAAAGAUUGUUUCCUUUUUUGAUUCAUGUUGGCAAUACUACGAUGGCUGUUUCAUUUUACAAAGAAGGAUUUGCUAACUGAUGGCAAAGUUUUUAUUUCAAGUUUGAGUCGUUUUGUGGCCUUUUACAUGUUGUUAAACAUUAUUUCUGUUGCGACAAAUCCCCAUUCCCUAAGUUAAGGUGGAGAAAACUGAAAUAUUCAUCACACAACUCAAUUGUAAACAUGAUUGUUACCUCUUUAGUCAUGAAGGGAGUGGGUUUUGAGUUCUGUUUGCAGAGUGAGAUUUUUAAACCUUCAAAGCUUUAUUUAGAUCAUUUUCAAACAACUAAACUGUUUGUGUAAGACUCAACACAGAAGAAACUAAAAUAAUUGAAGGGUUUAGAUCUAAUAAAACAUUAUCUUGUGUAUUUGCUGAAAUGUACAUAAUGUGACAAAUAAAAAGGGAUAAAGAAACAAA